GUCCUUUCUUGCGUUAUGCUAGCAAUCGAAGUGGUGUCCGCGACUCGCAUUGUUUUGCACAAAUGUGGUAAAUUGUCAAACAGAUACACGCUAUUUCGUCGAAUUGACUUCUAAAGCAAUGUUGGUAAAGUAGCCGUUUGAAUUGCUUGGCUAAUCACGUUCUAACUGUCCCGGCAGGUUUGUUUUUGAACAUCAAAAAGGGUGUGUGUGUUUUUUUUUUGUUUUUUUUUCGGUUGGUUCGCGAUCAACACAGCUAGCGUACCGUUAGCGAAACAAACAAGCUAACGUCAAACCACCGCGUUCACAGCCCACUCCACCGCUCUGUGUAGUCCAUUUUCUAGCUGUCAGUGUUAACCAAAUUCAAUAGGAGGGAGGCGUUAAUGAGCAGCAAUGUCUGGCAUCGCUCUUAGCAGACUGUCCCAGGAACGCAAAGCCUGGAGGAAAGACCACCCUUUUGGAUUUGUCGCCGUACCCACUAAGAAUCCUGAUGGCACCAUGAAUCUGAUGAACUGGGAGUGUGCCAUCCCUGGGAAGAAAGGAACCUUGUGGGAGGGAGGCCUCUAUAAACUCAGAAUGCUGUUCAAAGAUGACUACCCUUCCUCACCACCCAAAUGCAAGUUUGAGCCACCCAUAUUCCACCCCAAUGUGUACCCGUCAGGAACCGUGUGUCUGUCCAUCCUGGAGGAGGACAAAGACUGGAGGCCUGCCAUCACCAUUAAACAGAUCCUGUUGGGCAUCCAGGAGCUGCUGAAUGAGCCCAACAUUCAAGACCCAGCACAAGCAGAGGCAUACACAAUUUACUGUCAGAACAGGAUGGACUAUGAGAAGCGGGUGAGGGCGCAGGCCAAGAAGUUUGCCCCCACAUAGAGCGGAGAGCUUGCCUUUCUCCCGCCCGAGCAGCCUGAACUGAUAUGGGUAAUGAACAGGAGGCGGGCAGCACCUGAAGGACCACUCCAAUAAGAAUCCGAUUUUCAUUGUGUUAUUUUACUAUCACACAGGAGCUGAGUGAACAAUAAAUGCCUGUUGAGGUCAUAUUGGUAACUUGUGUUCAAGAAUUGCAUGUUUAUGCAUUGUUAAUGCGUAAGUUAUGCUUCUAGAACUCCGCUGUCAACAUGACUUGCUAUUGAUCACUCAUAAUCCAUAUCUCUUGUUUUGCUAUGAGUCACUCAUGCCUCCAUUAAUAUGUCAUGCUUUUGUCUUGACAGAGCCAUGGAAAUUAGACUUCAUUUCAUUCUUUAUUUGUGUAGUGAAAGUCAGUUGUCACACAAGACGACCCUUUGACUUUUCCAGCCCCUUACCAUAUAGUGCUCUGAAAAGUCAUUUGCGUUUUGUCAUCUUAGAGUAUCUCAGAGGGUUUUGGCAGGUCUGAUGCAAUGUGGUUAAAAGCAGUAUCAGUAUGCCAGCUCUUUUUUUUUUUUUUUUUUUUUUUUUUUUUUUUUUUUUGAGUUAUCAGUCCUAUCUAUCAAGACUGGAUUGUCAGGACUGAAAUGCCAUCUCUCCAGUAAAGUGAUACAGUUUCUUUCAUUGCAGUCUGCACAGUGAAAAUCCAAUUCUGUGUUUUCAUUUCUGUAUUUAGAAAAAAAGAGCAUUGGUCUGCCCCAUACAGGUGAACAGAAAAGGCUUUACCUUGCAGUUUUAAUCAAAUCACCAAGCUCCAAAAGUAUUCAAGAUAGCGCUUCAUAAGUAAUGAGAUUUAUAGGGACAUAGUGCGACUUCCAAUCCCAAGCACCUCCUUCUUGUGUGCCCUCAUUUCCUCUUUCCUUCCCGAUCUUACACCCAUCACACCCUGCUUUCUCUAAAAGCAUCUUAACUCUGAAGAAUACUGUCGUUCCACUGAAGUUACCACAACUAAAAGACAAUCCUGGCCCUAAGAUAUUUUUUCUAAACCCAACCGUGAUUAGUUUUCUGGGUUGUAGUCAGCUCUGAAGGAUCUGAGGAUGCUCCAUACUGCUGUGAUCUUUGAGAAGGGAACUCUUCUCAAAUAGAAAGCUCCAGCAGUGCAUUUGGGUCAGGGCUCUGUUGCCCCCAGCCAUGCAUCGAUCAUUUUUCACCACAGUGGAACUACGUUUAUCUUUGUGCUAAGAAUCUUUGAGAAUCCAGCUGAGAGUGAUCGGUGAAUAUUUUGUCAGUCUGCUAUGAACCUAAUGCACAACCCAUACCAGUAUACAGUCUGCUUCCAGACAUGCUAGUACGAUUUUAACUGAGAGGCAAUUACAUAUUAAAAAUGACAAGAACCCUCGAUUUAUCUUUAUUUUGUUUCUAUUUUAGUUUUGUGGAAAAUUUAGAGGUGAUGUACUGUACAUAAAAUACAAUCUCCCUCAUUCACACAUUCAUACGACGCUUACAAGAUUAAAUAUAGAAAAUCUGAAAGCUCUUAAAUCUAUGUUAUUCCACUUGGUAAUGAACCUGAGCUGAAGGAUCCUCAUUGGAAUGGCCUCUCAACCAGCAAGGAAGACAGAUGAAAGUGCACUUGAGAAUGACGGAGGGCCUGUGAGUUUUUUUUUUUUUUUUUUUUUU